GCCGUACCUAGAUGUCCAAGAUGGCGGAGCAGCUCGCGCAUGCGCGAUUCACAUCGACGGUCGACGCAGAUAGUGCAGCGACAACAGUCUUGUGUUUGAGCAGAGAUGUGUGAAGCAGCAGAGAAUGACCUAUACGCUGUCCUGGGAGCCAGCCCCUCAGACUCAUUCCAGCAGCUCAGACACAGAUACCAGCAACUGGCCUUACAGUAUCACCCAGAUCGUCUUGGAAGUGUGUGUCCUUCAGAAGCAGAGUCUGGUGUGAGGACAUUUCUUGAAGUUGAUGCAGCCUGGAAGAUCCUGAGUGACCAGAACAGCAGGAGACACUAUGACCAGCAGAGGAGAGCUCGGGAGCUGAAACAGGAUUGGCCAAUUGAUUCUACAGUCUUUCUAGAGGGCAUGACCUGGGACCAGGAUGAGUGUGUGUAUACAUACUGCUGUCGCUGUGGAGGGGGAUUCAGCAUCUCAGAGGAGGAAGUAGAGGAGGAGACUCAGAGGAGGCAACAGGAGGAUAAGGAGGAAACAAAGGAGGGACAGCACAGAGGAGUCGUUGUAUGCUGUGACACCUGUUCCCUUUGUGUGUACGUCACAUGGUCAUUACAUACAAAGACUCAGAGCUUAAAAUGUCAGUAAGAAUACUUUCAAGUUGGGAGCCUGGAACUGAAACUAUGUCAACACAUCCUUCCAUGGGAGAUAGCACCAAAUCAUCAUCAAAGUGUACUGUGUGUUGGGGGAGGACAGCGGGAUUCAGGGGUUCGGAGCUCAGAUAGAUUCUUGGGAUGUGCAAGAUCUCUAUCACAAACUUCUGUUUAGGUGCCCUUGAAGCAAGGCAGCAAAACAGUUUGCUGACUAACAGCAGAACAGACUGCGUCCAUAUGCGGAAGCUCCUACUGUAUGUUGAAAAACACAUGAAGAUGAAUGUUGCUCCAUCAGAUCCACUAGUCAGUUUUUUCCUCUUCUGAUGAGUUUAGUGAAGCAUGAACUCCAUGGACUGUUAAAAGCUGUUAAAAUCACACAAAUCUCCCAAUGUUUAUAUAUUCUGAACUUAUUAACAGUAUCCAUAUUAAUUGAUCAAGACUAUGGAUCUAAGGACUAAGGAUCACCUAUACUUUGUGAAACAGCCUCAAAUUACUUAAAAUAAAUUGUUUUUUAAAUCUA